AUGGCGCAACGCGCCGCCCUCGUGUCGUCUUUCCUAAUUUCAGGUCCCUGCGCCCGUACCCGCAAUUCAACUGAGUAUCCUCGGAGAAAUGAAGAGAUAUCAAAUCUAUGAACUGAGUUCUUCACCGUGAUGAAUGAAAUUCCAAAUCCAGAGAACGAAUCGCCCGGCUAUGGCGUGUAUUCCGACUACGAAAGUGAUCAUAAAGGCUGUUUUACUGUCACCGCUGGACUUGCCGUUACUGCUCCUAACGAGGUCUACAAUAUGAUUGAGGUCAAAUCCGGUGAGCACAUGAUUUUUGACAUUUCUGGGCCGAUGCCUGGUGCAAUCAUCGACGGUUGGCAUAGAAUUUGGCGCUUUUUCAAAGACAGUACUAUUGAACGAACCUGUAAGACAGAUUUUGAAGCCUACACUGGACCAGAAAGUGCCCAGAUUUACAUUGGAAUCGAGAGCGAAUUAGACAAAUAA